CGCAGAAGACAUGGAAAUCUGCGGCAUCGUAAGAUCCCAGUCUUCCCAGAACAAAAGGCUUCGCCUGCGAAGCUCCACCUACUACUGUACUGGCAGUCAGAUACCGUAUUGUAAGUAAGGCCAGCAUCGAAAACAUUUUUUUAUCAUCUACCCGCCGAGUUGGUGAGGGAAGAAGGCGUCCUUGAUUUGUUUGUUCUUUUUCUUACCACUGGAAACGGAUUGUCUGAAGCGUGAGUAUCGUAGUCAAAGUCGUUCAUGAUGAAUCGCGACGCUCAGGCGUUGCUGGAUGACCUAGGGCUAACACACCAGCAUAUCACGUUCCUAGGUGACGUUGAGGUGAGAGACGAAGACGAAAUCGGCAGAGGAUCGGAUGCAGUUGUCUACAAGGUAAACUGGCAAGGUAUCGAUAUCGCUCUCAAAGUUUUACACCCCGUGUUGGUUGAGCCAGGUGUACAGGAUAGAGAGCGUAAGCUCAGAGCGUUUGGCCAAGAGGUGUUUCGUCUUAGCAGAGUACAUCACCCGAACCUGUGUCAACUGAUAGGAUUAGCUCGGGUAAGGGGAAAUGCUGCGUUGGCCCUGGAGUUAUUGUCGGCGUCUCUAGAAGACGUUAGCAUUGGAGAUGGCAGAGAAGAUGCUCCUAAGCUCGUGUCGUAUCUCUGCGACGCUAGUGCAGGACUUCGCUAUCUGCAUUCAUUCGGAAUCAUUCACCGCGAUCUAGCGCCCAAGAAUGUGCUUGUGAAAAAUGGCACGGCCAAAGUCAGUGAUUUCGGCGGUGCUAAAUUUGUGCGCUUGACCUCAACUCGACAACAACAGCACCAAGUCCAAUCGGCAAUGGAGAUGACUCGCUGCCCAGGUACACUGCCAUUCAUGGCACCUGAGGCGUUGCGUGAGGCUCCGGAUUACGAUCGUCCCUUGGACGUGUUUUCGCUAGGUGUAAUGAUGCUGAGCGUUCUAACAGGAGUUAUGCCUGGCAUCGAGUUGAUCACUGCGCCACAUUUCGUCGUCGUGCGAGAACGUGGCCAAGAAGUUGAAGAAGUGAUACCGGAGACAACACGCAGAGCACGCUACCUAGCACGUUUGCCGGAUGAACAUCCAUUGAAGCCAUUGAUACGCCGCUGUCUCUCUAACCGUCCUGGGGACCGACCGUCAGCCGAGCAAGCGCACGAAGAGAUCAAACGUUUCUUGGCCAUGUUCAACAGUAUUUUGCCGAGUCAGCCUAGCACUGCUGGUACAGCGGUUACCAGGCAACUAGAGUCGAUUUCACAGCAGCUAAGCCAGCAAGCUACAUGCAUUGCUGACAUCACCGCACGCAGCUCUGCAGUAGAGGACCAACUCAGCACCAUAACACAGCGUCUUGUCGACACUCAGCUGGAAACCACUGCUAUCCGUGGCCAACUGCAGACUACGAACCAGCAUGUGACUGAGAUGCGUGACCGACAGGAGGUAAUGAACCAGCAAGUGACUGGGAUCCGUGGCCAACUGCAGACUACGAACCAGCAAGUGACCGGGAUGCAGGGCCAGCUGCAGACUACGAACCAACAAGUGACUGUGAUCCGUGGCCAACUGCAGACUACGAACCAGCAUAUGACUGAGAUGCGUGACCGACAGGCGACUACGAACCAGCAUGUGACUAAGAUCCGUGACCGACUGGAGACUACGAACCAGCAAGUGACUGGGAUCCGUGGCCAACUGCAGACUACGAACCAGCAUGUGUCUGAAAUGCACGACCGACAGGAGGCUAUGAACCAGCAAGUCACCAGCCUGCAAGGAGAUGUAGCAGUGGUUGCUACCGAGCAGACAGACCUACGUACAUCCAUCAGAGAGCAGUUAGCAGAGACCAACCGGGGAGUGAAUGACCAACUAUCACACCUUCGCUCUACACUGGAGAGUCUGGGAAGUGGCAGUGACUCUGGCCGAUCAGCAAUGGCCAGUGCUAGCGGAGAAUCGACUUCUGGUGCGGACACUAGAGUCACCAGGAACACUCCAGUUUCUAGUGCUCAGGGAAGUGGCGCUGACUCUGGACAGUCAGCAAUGACCAGUGCUAGCAGAGGACAGACGUCUAGUGCAGAAAGCAGAGCCACCAGGGCCACUCCAGUUUCUAGCGGUCAGGGAAGUGGCGCUGACUCUGGACGGUCAGCAAUGACCAGUGCUAGCAGAGGACAGACGUCUAGUGCAGAAAGCGGAGCCACCAGGACCACUCCAGUUUCUAGCGUUGGUGACAGUUCUAGACAGCACUCUGCUGCACCCGCCGCACAUUCUCUGAUUAUCACACCGGACAAGAUUCGGCGCAUCACAAUGGAGAGAGAGUGGAUCGAAGCAGAAUCCAAUCGUGGUGCAGAACUCAUCGUCCACAAUAACACUCUCGUUGCUGUCUGGUUGGAUGAUGAUUGCGCCAUUACAAGCAUCCAGCAGACUACAGACAUACGUCACUGGACUGACCUUCCUCUUCCACAUCAUGGUGGUUUGUUCAAACUCCCAUCCCUAGCAAGCAAUGGUCAGGUUUUGUACAUGUAUUGUCUUGACAACCAAUAUCAAGCUGUUCUACUGCAGUACAAUCAGCAUGAUAGGCAGUGGGUGGAAGUAGCAAAGGUGCCGCCGGUGCAUGGCCAGCACCAUGGCUGUGCUGUACAUGAUACUGACACUAGUGUUAGUCUUCUAGGUGGCUACAUCCGUGGAUCAGGUAUGAGCAACUGUGUUAGCUGUUACACACUGCUUGACCAGCAGUGGAAAUCCUCUGCUGUCCCCUCACAUUCACUACCUGCUCUUCCAUGUGGCUGUGCAUAUGCCUCACUUGUAGCCUGUCAUGGUUCACUGUACAUCAUUGGUGGUAACACUGGGUGUUUCCUCCAGUACACUGAUGAUGGUCAUUGGCAAAAGGCUGUAAAACCAGAUGGUGUAGACCUGAAGAACAGCCGGGCGUGUUCACUGUCUGAUGGUAGUCUAGUCAUUGCUAGCUAUGAUUCAGCCUCACAGCGUAUUAAGUGUACUGUGUACAAUGUACGUACACAUUGCGCCGAUGAGUUGCCCAGUGUACAGGAUGUAUGGUUUGGUGCAUCAUCACUAGCACUACUUAAUGGAGUAGUGGUGCUCAGUACAUCAGAUGACCACCUCUACACCCUGGAUAUGAACAUUUGAGCAGGAUAUAGGCGGCACAGAACUACUGCCUUACCAUAUUCAAAUUCUGUACUUGAUAUUUUUAAUUAACUGAUGUUUGUAUGAUGUAACUUGGUGUUUUCCUUCCAGAUCUUCUCUACUUUGCUCUGUAGCCCAUGUACUGUAUACUAUAGUAAUAUGCUAGAGUAACUCCAUCCUUACAUUACCUGUACAUAUCAAUACCUACAAUGACAAUGCACUCGCAGUAUUCGGUUUCCUUGCCUCUGAUCAUGAUCAUGCUGUUCACAAAAUUCUAUUUUACCAUUUCUCUAUUGUUUGUUAAACAGUCAUGUACCUACCUGUACAUGUAACGGACUGCAUCACCUUGUGCCUUGCUACCAUGCUACAAUGCUAUGCCUAGACUUGAUGACAUCAUUGCUUUUGAUAUCUAGGUCUGGGUCAGACUGGGUGACCUCAUUGCUUUUGAUAUCUAGGUCUGGAUGACCUCAUUCCUUUUGAUAUCAGACUAAUCUUUCUCAUGCAGUUGUGUACGCACCCUGAUAUUUUUCCUUUCAAAGUCGAUUCGGUUUCUCUCACUUUCAA